UAAGCUGGAAUUGAAGUAAAGGAUAGUAGCGAUAGUAUUGAUCUAGUUACGUCUACACACUUUUACUUCUAAAGCAUUAUAUGAGUGUGCGAGUAUAAAUACUAUACGAAGAGUUGGGAGCUACGAGACCUAUGAUAUGACAAAAACAUGAUAUCUUUUAUGUAGUAAAUCUCUUUUUUUUACCUGGAUCCUUAUCUUUGAACUUAGAUAUUACAUUGCUCUACACAAUCUGAGUUUCCCUAGAAGUUCUUUAGUUCAUUGCCAUAACCCACAUUUUCCGACCUGAUGCAUUUGGCGAGAUCUUGAGACGGUACUCAUGUAUGUUUUUCUUUUUUACUGGAAGCGGAGUAAAUAUUGUCUUCGGGCAAACGUCGGGUAGUUGAUCAACAGAUUCACUAUCUUGACGGGUUGUCAACUGGCUCCACAAGCAGCUGCAAUGAGAUAAGGCCCUGUAGUUACAGAAGCGCCGAGCCAUUGGGUUAGUCUCCAGCGAAAUGUGCCACGCGGUGUACCAAAUAUUAUUCUGGCUCUGGAUGCUGCUUUACAGCGGCUCCAGGGUCAGCUGCCUGCAAAUGAGUAAUUGCAACAAAACAGAGGUGACGAUGAUCCGGGGAAUGGAGCUCCUGACAUCACUGACUCUCAGCAACUGCAGCCUGCCGCACCUUGAGAACGCUUUCUUCAUGCGAUUCGGCCACCUCCUGCACCUGGAGCUGCAACAUAGUGGUCUGAGUAGCUUGGAGGACUUCUCCCUGCAUGGUCUGCCGCGGCUGCAGUCCCUCUCGUUCGCCCACAACAGCCUGAGCAAACUGAGAUCAUGGUCCAGCGAGCCCUUGGAAGCACUUGUAUCCCUGGAUCUCAGUCACAACAGGCUGUCCAGCCUGGACGCCCACAGCUUCGUGCUCUACCCCCAACUGCAAAUGCUCGACUUGGGCUCCAAUCAGAUCAAUCAGAUCGCAGAUGAUGCCUUCUAUGGCCUCUCGCACUUGAAGCAUCUCCAGCUCAAUGGAAAUCGAAUGAUGCUCAUCGAUGGCAGCCAGUUUCACGGCCUGCAUCGUCUUUCUAGUCUGACGCUUCAACAUAAUCUGAUCGAAGGCGUAGAUCCAGGCGCCUUUGAGAGCAAUACACAUCUACGAAGUCUCCGUCUGGACGGGAAUUUAUUAAACUGUCUUCAGUUCCUCACCCAAAGCGGUCUUGCUCGGUUGGUUCAUCUGAAUCUAGCGAACAACCUACUGAAUAAGUUGGAGCCGCAGGGAUUUGUGACAAACGUUGAGCUCCAGGUCCUGGACUUGAGUCGCAACAAUUUUACUGAACUAACGAAGGAAAGCUUAGUGGGAUUGGAUUCCCUAGAGCGACUCAACAUCAGCCACAAUAUUCUCUCCCAUAUCGAGGAUGGCAGUCUGGAAUCGCUUGCCAGCCUGCUCCAAGUCGACGCCAGCUUUAAUCAACUGACAUCCGUAUCGGAAAGUUUGUUCCAUGCCAACACCCAACUGGAGGAGAUAAUUCUCUCCCACAAUCGAAUCAGAGAUAUAUCGCCCAAGCUGAUGCAAUAUCAGACGCAUUUGAGGCAUCUAAAACUGGACGGAAAUGCUCUUAUCGAAGCCUCUUUUCUUCAAAGACUGCCGCCAGCCCUAAACCGUCUGUCCCUGAUUGUGGAUCUCAGCUCGAAUCGCCUUCAAUCGGUCAAUUUGAACAGUCUGCUUCAUUUCGGGCACAUCAAUCUGGCGGAUAACCACUGGAGUUGUGCCUGGUUGGUGAAGAAUUUGCUACUUAGAGCUCCUCCUUCCCUCAACUUUGCUCGGAACUGGAGCCUCUUGAGCGAUUGGAGCGAGGACUUGACUAAGGUUCAGGGCAUAGACUGUAUCGAAGACGCACGCAACCGUUCGAUUGUACUCCUGAGUAUCGGCGAGGUUAUCCAUAGCAAAGUUCAGUGUGCGAAAUCGUUUGACGAGCUAAAUCCAGCGCCACCGCCACUGACAUGGCCCAAGAUUCCCACAGACCGCUUUGACUCGCGAUCGGUGAUCAUUUGGAUGCUGGUGGCCAUAGCAAUCACCUUUGCCUGUCUGCGUUGGCUUAGGCGCUUUGUGGAUCGCAAGGAGCAGAGUAAACGGAAACUGAAGGCCAUCAAUGAAGUGUACAUCAGCAAAAUGGAAUCGCAGCCCAUCAGACAUGAUCGCGAGAGAUCAUAGUCCACAGUCCGUAGCAACAACUUCAAUUCAACAAAGCCAAUAUAUAAUAUAAAUAUUAGUGUCUAGAAGACACAGUCUACACAACUACA